UGCACGUGUGUUUACCAAACAUGUGCACCACUGAGCUUCAGGUAUAAUAGUAAUAAUAUUAUUCACACACAGUUUGUUAUCCGGUUGAAACAUGGGGAAGCUGAAUGUCGUGGUGUUGAGAUACUUAUCUCGAGAUGACUUCCGAGUCCUCACAGCGGUGGAGAUGGGGAUGAAGAACCAUGAAAUUGUUCCAGUGAGUCUCCUGUCCUCCAUUGCUAGCCUCAAACAUGGCGGUUGCAACAAGAUCCUCAGAGAGCUUGUCAAACACAAACUUGUGGCCUAUGAACGCACCAAGACUGUGCAGGGUUACAGGUUGAACUACGGAGGAUAUGACUACUUGGCUCUGAAGACUUUGUGCUCCAGAGAAGUGAUCAUUUCAGUUGGCAACCAGAUGGGCGUGGGUAAAGAGUCAGAUAUCUAUAUUGUGGCGAGUCCAAACAAUGAGCAGUAUGCUCUGAAGCUUCACAGAUUGGGUCGCACCUCCUUCAGGAACCUGAAGAACAAGAGAGAUUACCACAAACACAGGAAGAACGUGUCCUGGCUCUACCUCUCUCGCCUUUCUGCCAUGAAGGAGUUUGCCUACAUGAAGGCGUUGUAUGAUCGGGGCUUUCCUGUUCCCAAACCUGUGGAUUAUAACAGACAUGCUGUAGUGAUGGAGCUCAUCAAUGGAUAUCCGCUGUGCCAGGUGCAUGAGCUGCAGGAUCCACCCGCCCUCUACAAUGAGUUCAUGGAGCUCAUAGUCAAAUUGGCCAAUCACGGCCUGAUUCACGGGGAUUUUAAUGAGUUCAACCUCAUGCUGGAUGACCAGGACCACAUAACUUUGAUUGACUUCCCUCAGAUGGUGUCCACCUCACAUCCUAAUGCUGAAUGGUAUUUUGACAGAGAUGUCAAAUGUAUCAGAGAUUUCUUUGCCAAACGAUUCAAUUACGAGAGCGAACUCUUCCCAACCUUCAAAGACAUCAGGAGGUCUUAUUCUCUAGAUGUCGCAGUCUCAGCUAGUGGCUUCACUAAAGAUCUGGAGAAAGAUGGUGCAUUGCUACACCCAGCUGGACCAGAGGAAGAGGAGGAUGAAGAUGAGGAGGAUGAUAAUGAAGAAGCAACAGAUGAGGAGGCAGACAAAGAAGAAGAGAUUGUGGACAUGGAGGAAUAUAAGCAUGCAAUGCUUGAGCUAGAAGGUCUGAAAGUCAGCGACUCACAUGCAGAUGUACAAGAGAACGAGAGUAAAAAAGAGGAAGAAGAAAAAGAGACUGAGAAAGCAUCUACUGCUGAAAGUGAAGAAGAACCAGAGAAGGACUUGGAGGAAGAGUUGAAUGAGGCAGAGGAUAAGUUUCCAGAGCUGGCAGACCUCUCUGUAUCCAACAAAGACUUCAAACCCUUCAGAGACUCAGACAGUCUUCUACAUGUGGCAGAACACAGGAGGAUGAGGACAGACAGUGUGGGAACUAUGGGAAGCAUAGGGAGCUGCUCUACGAUACCACCAGAGGUCGUUCGUCAGAAGGUGCGGAGGCAGCUCACCAAACAGCAGAAGGCAGCACAGAGGAGACGUCUGCAGAAGGGAGAAGCCAACUUGGUGACCAAAUCCAGGAGAGAGAAUGAAAACAACAUCAAGUCUAGUAUGGAGAGCGCCUCGUUCUGGGGAUGAAUAGGACUGCGGAGACAGCCAGACGGAAUUCAUGUCAACAUGCUUAACAUGCGUGCUGCAUGGUCCCUCUGCUCCUGUCUGAAGAGCUGAAAACACGCGAUUGUUGAUGCAACAACUCAACUUUUUCAUACAGUUAGGAAAAUUAAAGAGAGAGGGAAAAACUAUGCAUUCAGCAAAUCACCACACUGUCAAGGAAACUGUCUGUUUUUCUAUUUGAACUGUUGUGAACUAUCAUGUUUAACAUACAGUCUAAUGUAAAUAUCCACUACUUAUAAUGAAGUUGUAUGAUUGAUAAUUAAACCAUUGAAACAUUA